GACGGGUUCCCUCGUAAACACGGAAGUAAAGAACACAACCGACCGCCUCUGUUCCUUCUACAGUCCGCUUCCGUCCCCGGACAGUCCGCUUCCGUCCCCGGACAGUCCUCUCUGUCCGUCCGUCUGUCUGUCUGUCCACGAUGGACACAGUUUUGUUUUUAACUGUCGGUCUGGUGUUUUUUAUAACUCCGGUAAGGAGCAACACUUCCGGUCUGAAGAAGGUCUCAAAGGUUCAGCUCUUGGGCUUCGACUGGAAGAACUGUGGAGCUCCAGAUGCUCCAGCUGUCCUGAAGACUCUGAAUGUGUCUCCUGAUCCCGUCUCCAUCCCCGGAGACCUGCAGGCCUCAGCCUCUGGAUCCACAUCUGUGGAGCUCACUGCUCCACUGGCUGUGAACGUGACCCUGGAGAAGGAGGUGGCCGGUUUCUGGGUCCGGGUCCCCUGUGUGGAGGAGCUGGGCAGCUGUCACUAUAAAGACGCCUGUGAACUUCUGAACCAGCUGGUCCCUCCGGGUCAGGACUGUCCUGAGCCGCUGCACACCUACGGCCUGCCCUGCCGCUGCCCCUUCAAGGCUGGUUCGUACUCUCUGCCUCAGUCAGACUUCUACCUGCCCGUCAUGGAGGUUCCCUCCUGGCUGACCAACGGGAACUACCGGGUCCAGGGCGUCCUCGGCAUGCAGGACAAAGAGCUGGGCUGCCUCCGAGUGUCUCUGUCCCUCCGCUCCAACUGAUUCGGGGUCAGCUGAUCAACCAGAAGCUUAAGGAAGGGAGAGCAGAAGAUGCCCUGAAGCUGGUGACACAGAGUCUGUACGUUUGUGGCCUUUAUCGGGAGAAAAAAGGAAGCAGCUGUUGGGUGAAUAUGUGAAAUCAGCUUUUACGGUUUGUGUGUUUAAGCCUUUGAUGUGUGAGACUUCAGAUUAUAUUUCGUCAGUGUUCGUGUCAGAAAUGAAGAACCAUUAUCGUUAAAUGAGAUGGUUAAAAUAAAUUCAAAGCUUUUUAUUUUUUUAAAUACAUUUAUUUGGGUUUUUGUUUUUGAUUGAGUUUAAAAGUUAUUUUCAGAUUUUUGCUUCAUUGAUUGUUUUACCUCAUUUCUAUUUUGAACGUUUUUUCAUCCAACGAGCUCUGCUGCAUUUCUAUUGUUUGAUUUCUUUAAAAAAUAAUCAUUUUUUAAAAUUGUAUUAUUUGAAUAUGAUUUAAUAAAACACGUUACAUAAAA